UAAGCUUGCCAUCUCUACUAUUCACUAUUCCUCGACGCACGGCACGGCGGCGCUGUGAUCGAAAUUUCUCAAACCAUACAACGUAUACUAUACUCGUGUAGAAGAAUUCAUGUCAAUGUUGUUAAAUGUUGAGAUAAUUAAUCGCUUGUCGAAUAUAUUUUACUGAAAUGACUUCACAAUGGUUAUGGAUGUAUGCAAAAGUUGGCCGUUGCAAUUUAAGAGUACUCAUAAAACGAUCUCUCUCUACAGCUACCCGAACCGAGACUGGCAACGAAUUGAUAUUACUUGAUCGCAAAUAUUCGAUCGAUAAAUGGACAAAUAUUACCGAGAAUAUAAUUUCCAAAGUGGGGAGAAACUUGCACGUUACUCCUCAUCAUCCACUGUCUCACAUCCGCCAACGAAUCGUCAAUUAUUUUUACAUGCAGUUCCACAAUCGUAUCGGAAGUCCUAUAUUCAGCGUUUACGAUAAUAUUUCUCCUAUCGUCAGCGUAGAUCAAAAUUUUGAUUCUCUUCUGGUACCGAAAGAUCAUCCGAGUAGACAAAGGAGCGAGUGUUAUUAUAUAAACCAUGAUACUUUACUAAGGUCCCAUUGUACCGCUCAUCAGAAAGACUUCAUUUCGAUGGGAUUGAACAAUUUUCUCGUAAUAGGAGAUGUCUACCGUAGGGAUGAGAUAGACAACAGGCACUAUCCUAUUUUUCAUCAAGUAGAUGCCGUCAGACUAUGCACAGCAGACGAACUGUUUCAAAAUGUAAACAAUUCACACGACUUGAAAUUGUUCGAACACAGAGGCGUCGAGACGAAUGAGAAACAAGCUUGCCACAGUUUGGAAGCUACAAAGAUGAUGGAGCACGAGUUGAAAAAUGCUUUAACGGGCUUGGCAGAGACGCUCUUCGGAUCGGAGCUCAAGUGCAGAUGGGUAGAACAAUAUUUUCCCUUUACUCAUCCAUCGUGGGAGUUGGAAGUUUAUCAUCAGGACGAGUGGCUCGAAGUGUUGGGAUGCGGUAUCAUGCGGCAGCAGAUCCUACAGAAUUCAGGCGCGGGUGAACGCAUUGGAUGGGCAUUUGGAUUAGGUUUAGAAAGAUUAGCCAUGCAUCUGUACGAUAUUCCGAACAUCAGAUUAUUCUGGAGCAACGACUCUGGCUUCUUGAAUCAGUUCAAAGUCGAAGAUAUCAACGCAACGAUCAAAUAUAAGCCGAUCAGCAUUUAUCCUCAAUGUAAGAACGACAUUAGCUUUUGGUUACCCGAGGACAGAAGUUACUCGUCGAACGAUUUCUACGAUCUGGUGAGAGAAAUAGGCGGUGACAGAGUGGAGCAAGUCAUCUUUAAGGACGAAUUCGUGCAUCCAGAGAGCAAAAGGGUGUCUCACUGCUACAGUAUAAUAUACAGGCACAUGGAACGCACGUUAUCCAAACGAGAAGUCAACAACGUCCACAAAUUGAUAGGCAAGACUGCCCAGGAGCAAUUAAAUGUUACGGUUAGAGCAUGAUAGGAAUAAAGAUCGAUUAAAAGAUGGA